GCGUCCGCCAUUUUGUGUUGUAGGAGCCAUCUCUGAUCCUCUCCGAGGAGGAAAUCGGUUGCUGUGAAGUAAAAACUCGGCGAGGUCCGAUUACCUGACCGGAAACACCCGGAGCGGCGAAGACCGAGAGCCGAGUGUGCUGGCCCUUGUAUAGGGGGCGGUUAUACGAGGCUCCGGCCCUGGUGAGGAGAGUCAGGUCUCGAGGAUACGAGUUUCCUGUAUGAGGUUACCCUUAAACUUUACUAUGGCUAACAACCACGCAGAGCAGCUGAAUCCUGAGUGGGUUCAGCAGUACAGUGCGGGUAGAGAUAGUGGUCCAGAGGCACCAAUGCAUGAGAAUCCGGAGUGGGAGAAGGCGCGGCAAGCUCUGGCUAACAUUAGUAAAGCCAGUGGGGGGAGUGCUACUAAAGGAUCGACAGAUGGGCAAGCUAAUGCACAGUAUUCAGCAUCCCAGAAUGACGCAGCGAUGCAACAACAGUAUUAUCAGUGGUAUUCGCAGUACAAUUACCAGUACGCCUACAACUAUUAUUACCCCAUGAAUGUGUAUGGUGGUUACAAUAAUCCUAAUCAGUAUAGUAUGACUGGCAAUUACCAAGGAUCAGCAUCACAACAGAGUCAACAAGCUGGACAGCAUCAGGGAAGUCUAAAUCAGCCCGGUGUUCCUGGUCUAGAGGAUGGAAUCCAAUACUCUAAUAUCCAGUCUCAAGUGUCUAGCUCAAAUAACCAAGCUACAUCACAUCACCAACAUGGCAACCAUAAUUUGCCACAGUCCAGUCUUCAGAACGCCUCAGGGGGAAACCAGCCCUCCCCCCAGCAUCCAUCCAGUAAUGCCGGCAGCUACAAUCAGCAUUCCUACAAUGAAGCUUCCAAACCAAAGAAAGGACAACUAUGGAACCGAAUGAAACAAGCUCCAGGAGCGGGUGGACUGAAGUUUAAUAUUCAGAAACGUCCUCUGGUGAUGUCCAAUCAGAACUUUGCAUCUAAUGAGCAGCACAGUAACAAUACUGGGUUAUCACAGCAAGCACGCAUGCACCACCACAUGUUACAGCAGCAGCAGCAAGCAGAGAAGAACCACGAACACAGCAGCAGUGCUUCCACAAAGCCAGAGGAUUGGCCCCCAGCCAUGAAAGAAUAUGUCCAACGUUGCUUUACUGCAUGUGAGAGUGAAGAAGACAAGGAUCGAACAGAAAAGCUGCUAAAGGAAGUCUUGCAAGCCAGGUUACAGGACGGAUCAGCCUACACCAUUGAUUGGAGUAGAGAGCCGUUGCCAGGUAAGGAUGGCAUAAAGGAAAGCCCAAAGAAAAAGCGAUGGGAGCAGACUACUUUGCAGUCUUCUCUUGGCAGCACUAUUACCGUCACACAGUCCUCCCGCGGUGGUGUCAAUAACAGUGCUAAUACACUAAGAGGACGAGGUAGCAGCUUUCCUACAAGGUUUGGGAACAGGAAUGUUUUUAUGAAAGACUCCAGCUCCUCUUCAAGCACUGGUUCAAGGUCAAGAUCCAGGUCAUCUUCACGCUCCCCCCACAGGCAAUACCGCCGCAGUGAUUCCGACUCUGAAAGCAGCUCAAUAUCUGCAAGUGAAAGCCGAUCAGGAGGUCGCAGGAACUUUCAGAAGGGACGAGGCCGGGGUGGUCAUAUGGAUCGAGGCCGUGGACGAAAUCAGCGGGGUAAAAGGAAUGAACAAAACUUAAACAAACGAAACCGCAAAAAGAAUAUGACCAUGGAUUUUGAGGAUCCAGAAAAAGAUUUCAAGAAAGAAAAGCGUGCUGCGCGUUUCCAGCAUGGGCACAGUCCUAAGAAGCUGCGUAUUGAGCCUUUAGUUUUGCAGAUUCAUAAUCUAGACGAAUCUGGUAGUUUGGACUGGAAUGAGCUGAAAAUUGUGGGAACUUCACAGGAUAUCACAAAAAUUUACCUACGUUUGACUUGUGCUCCAGAUCCAUCAACUGUUCGACCUGUUUCUGUUUUGCGCAAGUCUUUGACAAUGGUGAAGGGGCAUUUUAAGGAAAAACAAGACUAUGCAUUUGCGUGUGAACAGAUGAAAUCAAUUCGGCAAGACUUAACGGUCCAGGGCAUUCGUACAGAGUUUACUGUCGAAGUCUACGAGACCCACGCACGGAUAGCAUUGGAGAAGGGAGACCACGAGGAAUUCAACCAAUGUCAAGCACAGCUGAAAUCUCUAUAUUCUGAAAACCAUCUUACUGGAAACAUCGGAGAGUUUACAGCCUAUCGUGUUUUGUAUUACAUGUUCACGAAAAACUCUGGGGAUAUAACAACGGAGCUGGCAUAUUUGACCAAAGAGCUGAAGGAAGAUCCUUGUGUUGCACAUGCUCUUGCUCUUCGCAGUGCUUGGGCCCUUUCAAAUUAUCAUCGAUUUUUCAAGCUUUAUAGAGAAGCCCCCCGCAUGUCUGCUUAUCUCAUCGACAAGUUUGCAGAGAGGGAGAGGAAGGCAGCCCUUAAGGCCAUGAUUAAAACUUUUCGACCGAUGCUACCAGUUUCCUACGUUCAGUCAGAGUUGGGCUUCGAGAGUGAGGAGGAAUGCCAGAGUUUCCUGGCUUCUCUGUCUCUUGUGUAUGCAGGGAACGACAUCAGCAAGAUUGACUGCAAACAAAGCUUAGCAGUCUUGCCUAACUUCUAAACCAGGCUUUCUCUACUAGAAUCUUCCAGUGUGUUUUCAGACACAUGAUUUAACUCACACUGUGUGUGCGCAUGGGAAAUUCCACAUUUGGAUCUGUUUCCUCCAUGUUGAUUACCUCUGGUUCAGAGGGUACAGGCCAAGACUGGGCAUCCCAAACAAGGCAGUGUUGGGUUUCUCUGUUUUGCCAGAAUAUAGAUGAUUCUUAGAGCCCCAUUAGGCAUUAGUAUUAUCUUAUGUUUUGUUGACAGAUGUGCUAUUUCUCAACCCUUUUUGUAUAUAUAUUUAUAUAUAGCACAGUCAACAUAUAACUGGCAAACAUCCAGUCAGCAAGAAGAAAUUUCACAAGUUAGUAGAAAUGUUUUGUUAACUUGCACUCUGAAUGUCUUAAGGGUUUAUAUAGAAGGUACAAAUGUUGACAUACAUUGUAUCCGUGUCUUAGACUUUCGUAUAGCCCAUGUUCAGACCACAUAUCUGCAGUACAUGCUUGUAAGGAAGAGCCACUUUUCGUCUACUUUGUCCACAAUAUUAGAUGUCAGAUUGGAUGUACUAGCUUUUUAGUAAGCUAUGUAUAUAUUUGUAAAUAGAUUUUUUUUCAUUUUGAAGUGGAGGGUACAAGGGAUUUUCUACAAUGUUUUGUUGAAUCUGUUCAGCCUUUUGAGAUCUGUUUAUAAUGCGAAACUAACAAUGUCCCAGUUUCUUUUCUCUCUUUACCUCAUGUGCACAAAGCCUCUGUCCACAUGCUGCACAAGACACACCACCUACGUGUGCUUUGGGGAGAAGGCAUCAAACACAGGAAAAGUCAACUCAAAGAUUAGGAGAAGUGAAACAAGAUCAAUACACUGCUCUGCCUUUACUGAAUUAUCAGAGACUUUCUAAAGUAAAGAACUUUAACAUCCAACACAUUUACUAAAGAAGAAAGAAGUUUACAUUAAAUUAAAGUAGAAGAGAAUCCUCCUCAUUAUGGAAAUCACCUGCUGCUGGAACCUGUGAGAAGAUGUUUGUACAAUUCAUUUGAUACCCCCCCCCCUCUUUUGUUUUCCUUUUUUAUUUUUUUUCUCUCCUUUCUCUUGCUGAAUUAGAUUAAACGUGUGUUUUUUUUUUUUUUUUUAUCAGGUAAAUAUUAGGUAAUAGCUAUUUCAACCCGUUCUCCCCACAUUUUUUUUCUUUCACUAAGUUUUACUAUUUGUUUUUCUUCCUCUUUCUCCACCCAUCUUCAGCCCCCCCCCCUUUUUAAUUUUUUUUUUUUCUCCCAUUUUGAGGAUGUAAUAGUGAGAUAA